GAUCCUGCAGAGCUCACUGUUUCACUUGAUGCAAUGUGGAAGUCGAAGUGAAGCGCACGUGGUCGCAUAUCCUGGAGCCUCUGGGAGUUGGUGGGGCCAUACCGUGCCUUCUCCAUCCGGCGCCAACACCAUACUCGGUACAAGGCGGUACGACAACAGUGCAUUACGGGCUCUGGUGGUCGUCGACAUUCGUUGAAACAGUUCCACAAGCUGGCCAGAGUCUAUGCAGCGAUAUGGCGAAGUGGCCGUCACGCAUUUUCGACAUAUGGCGCGCCGUAUUACGUUCGCUGUCUCCCAGCAGGCCCAGCCCUCGAUGCUCACUCCAGAACCUCACGGGUUUCAGGAAUCCUGCAAACCGGUUUUAGAGCUUGGCAAUGCAGGACCAGCUUUCUUCCUGCACCGAGACCUUGGUUUGUGCAUCGUGAGGUUGUAUCUUCUGACCUUCCGAUCAGCUUCCUCUUCGACAAUAGCACCAUUUGCUUUUCAUACAUGGUCUAUUGUUACAGCAGCAUUGGCAUCUACUCGACAUCUAUUGUUGCUACUAUUGUCCCCGUCCGGCGUUGCAGGCUUUGAAGCUGCUGUACAAUAGGAUUUGGCUUCUAUUGUUGGUGGUUCGAGUCAUGACG